CGGUUUCGUCAUAUUGUUUGAUCGUCGCGCUCCGCUUUCUGGUGUGCGUUGUUGUUGUGUUCCGAGAUUCGCGCCAUUCCCGGUGAACUGUGAACGGCGCGGUGAACGGUGGCGCCAUAUUUCUCGCGGAUGGCAGUGUAGUGUGGAUGCUGCGUGCAGCUCUGCCGCGCAUUGUACGCAAAAAGUGAGUGCGAUAAGUGCUGCUGCUGGUGUGCGUGUGCGUAACACGAACACGGCGUGCUGCGCCGUACGUUGUCGUGAAAGGUGUGAAAACGGGUUGUCGGGUGAAACGUAAAAUAGUUGCAAACCGCAAAAGUAAAAUAAAUUGUCUCGCGACGAUUCCCGUCCUGCGUGUGUCGUCCCGCGCCUGUGUGUGUUUGUGUGAUUGUGUGCACUGGUGACAGGCAAACUGGUUUUUCGGUUCGAGUUGGUGAAUAUUUUAUCACCGCCACAGUGUGGUGUGUUCCCACAGCAUCGCCCCCCAAGCGCCGGGACGUCCGAAGGUAGCCACGGCGCUGCCCAAAUAAGGUGAAAUAACGAGAAUCGCACCGCAAAAGGAUAAAGACAUCGGCGCGCGCUUCGGAGCCCGCGCCGGCAGUCCGGACGCUCAAGUUCGCCAUUUCCUGGCAUUUGGACCACCAGCGGUAAUCGGAUCUGAUCUGAGCGAUAAUCGCGUAUAAUCGGAAACAUUUUUGCGCGAGUCCAGUCCAGAGGCAGCGAAAGCAAAUACGCGGUGACGUGGUGUGCACUCGCAUUUAAAUCGGAACCAUCGUGGAGUUUUCGCCGAGUUCCCUUCUGCCACGCUGCGAUCCGGGCCGCACCAUCAUAACGAACGCGGUGAUCCGCUGCUGACCCGGCACUGCCUGGGCCGGACGACGACGGACGACGCCUAGUGGCAACGGCGGCCAUCCCCCGCGGGCUAGGCUCGUCUUCAAUGACGAAAGCGAAACCGACGGUGCCAUCGAUGCCCCGUGGCAACGCCACCGACCGACCACGCAUUAUGGUCGGCACACUGACCAUAAUGAAGACCGAACAUCAGGCCGAACUUGGAGAUCGUGUAGCGCACAGUUUGUAGACCACAGGAUCCAAUCUGUAGUGUGCCGUCUCGUGCUGCGAUCCGUGGCGACCGCUACCCGGCGGAGUCGUUUAGAGGGCCCACAUUGUGAACUUCAAUUGCUCGGCGGGAGAUUUAGGAGCCGUCUCUGUUUUUGCCCAUCAUUCUGGUUGUUUUAAUCGCUAAUCGAUAGCUCGGUCCAGGCCAGCACCACGGGCCGCGUGGAGAACGAAUUAUUUAGAAAAAAACGGCAAUUUAAUAGUGUAGCGCUGAAGAGGCAGAAGAAGACAGAAACGGUUAAACAUUUUCUGAUGACUCCCAUCAUAAACAUCCGAAGGGUUCGUGUUGGCCGAGAAUAGGCAGCUGGCAAAGGAACAAAACCCACCGAUGGUGAAGUGAAGUGUAUGAAACGAGCAUGGAAAAAACAAUCUGGCAUCGGUGAUUCGAUUAUUGGGUCAAAUUUGAGCGGCCAGCACGCGCAGCAAGGCCCCAGCACUUUAUAGCAUCUUCGGCGCGUCCCAUUAGGAGCCCGUUUCGGGCCCAGAUCUUCGUGGGGAGAGGGCUUGCGUGUUGUGUUGUGUUAAUUUUAUUUUCCCGCACACGCCGUCCGGGCACCUUCGCAUCGACGAGACCAUCGAAUUCCUUCCCACGAUAGGAGCCUCCUCCAGCCGGGGGUCAGCCCGAAGAUGUUGAAAAACAUUCACGAACGUACGGUGAAGAAGGUAAAGGGUAACCACUAUGUGGCAACGCACGGCCGGGACACGGUGGACCUACCGUAUGCCCAGGCCAACCGGGGAUACUCGACCGACGGUGAGGACAGCCAGCGGGCGCCGUCGGAGCGGACACUGUCCGAGUACACGAUAGCGAACGAGCGCGGCACCCCGCCGACUGCUCCGGCCCGGAAGUCACGCUCGGAGCACAAAUACCAGAACAACGGUGGCCCACGGCCGCUUUCUAGUCCACCGACGCGCGCCCCGCCGAGGGCUCCGUCCGCGCUCAGCUACGAUCAUGGUGGCGAAACCGGUAGCGACAUCUACGUCACGUCCGCGGCCUACAAGGCACCGUCGGAGAUAAGUCGCUACAGUGCGCACCGGACGCAUCAGUCGCGCGGACCCAGAAGCGUGUACAGUGUGGCCAGCACGGCGAAAACGGGCCGCAGCUCGCGGCGGCACGGCGCGAAAGUGGAGGCGAUGUCGGCCCCGAACCCGUUCUGUCCCAACGUGAAGGGUGUCUGCUGUCUGAUGCUGCUGCUCAACCUAGGCCUCAUCCUCAUAACGCUCGGGUUCGUCAUAGUAAUGCAGUUCAUGGAACCACUGUUUGUCUGGAUCCUCGGUGUGGUGUUUCUCAUCUUCGGCUUCGGCACCCUAAUCGGCAGCAUGAUCUACUGCGUGAUCGUGUGCCGGGACGCGAAAACACCGGCCCAGCUGAAGAACGAGGACCUGUACUGGACGAAGCACUGGCAGAAGAGCAUCGGAUACACGCCGCAGGAGAUCGACUAUAAGACCGAUCGGUUCGACGAGCGGGACCGGUACUCGGAUCGCUUUUCGGUCAGCAAAAUGAGCGGGAAGUACUCCGAUCGUGACAUCACCCGCUACUGAUGAUACUAAUCGUCUACUGGACACUAACCCUAACGCUCGCCGAGCACUCAUCCGAGUCGUCCUUCUUGCGGGCCGCCCAAUGUAAACCCAAACCGGUCAACGCACUAACGCGUGAUGUACGCGAACCAGUUUUCGCGAUGACCAAGAUUUUUACCUGCACCUUUACGUGACGACAUGACCACAGUCCGGCAUCCUCUGGCAUGUAAUGUAGUUUUUAACCCAACCCAUGUCGUCGCGGAGGCGCCUUCACCGAAGGCGCAACAGCACAACGGUACACUAACCAUUUAAAUUAAAUGAUUUCGCGAUGAGCGAUAGGGAACGACGUGUUUGGGGAAAUGUUUGCAUUUCGUUGGCAAACGGAACACAUUUCACUAGGUUUAGCGCCGACAAGUUCCAGGAAAGUCUUAAGCAAUCAUUGUAACCUGAUUAGGAAGGAUAAUGUCUUGAAAGUAGCGGGUAAGCGAAAGAUAGAACGAAUCACGAAUUAAUCUUAAUCCGUACGUUAUCCGAAUCCGGUCGAUCCCUGCCCCUAAAUACCAGUUCUCCGUAACCCAUGAGUCAACAGUGUGUAAAUAAUAAUCCCGAAACGAGUAAAUCAAUAAACGCAACCAUGUUUUUAAUCGAAUUCAUCGCACUGCUCCUUCUUCGUAAUGAUAAUUGGUUUGCAGAGAAAGUAUUCUUAUGUUUUCUUUAUUUCACAUCAUAAUACGUUAAGUAACCGUACACUCGGUACAAAUAUUAUGAUUUCACAAACAGGGAAAAUAGUUCGCUUUACCCGGUAAUGGUGAAUUUGCUUCGCUUUUAUAACUAAAUCUCAUCAAGCCACGAUAGGGCAGGGCAGUUGUGCGAAUUGUUCGAAACAUUAUUUUAAAGGAAAUACGAAUUAAGCACCAUUAACGAUAGUCGAACAAGUUGUUCUGUCCCGUGCUGCUUGGUCGGAUCAAACCCUGCUGUUUUUAACGAUACAAAUAUUUGCUCCCAUUCAUGAGUAAAGCUAGUGGACACAAGAGAGCUUAAAAGUAUGCCUUUCCUAAGCAAUCUGGCACAAUCUACUGGAAAUUAUGUUCCCAAAAAUUGAGCUAUUCAACACACCCUUCUGUCUUAGCAAUCCCGUAAACUCUUUCAGUUAUCCAACGAUUUCCAUCCGUCUAACAUUCGGCUGAUGCUUAUUCUACGUUGUAACCUAGUCUCGAGGACUACAACUGG